AUGGGUGUCAAAGGUUUGAGUGCUUUUUCCGAGAUUCUCGACGUUUUUCUACCUCACUCAGUUGUUAUUGGUGCAAUGCAUACAGUUUUCUUAUGUCAUUCCAAAAAACUUCUUAUUCAUUUACAAACAUUUAUCACAAAAGAAAAUCUUUUAAAAAUUAAUUUAAAACUUCGUUCAAUAAGUUUUAUACAUGAUAUUCUUCGUCGACCACGAUUAUUCUCCAAUGUUGAAAAAUGGAAAGUAUCUGAAGUACGAUUAUUUAUUUUAUAUAUUGGCUUGCCUGUACUUGCUGAAUUUUUACCUGAAGAAAGAAUUGGAGAUUUUGCUUUAUACAAUGUUAUUCUUCGUCUUUUACAUGACUAUUGGGAUAAUGAUAAAAAAUUAGGUGAUUCAAUAUCUAGUUUAUUGAAAAUUUACAUUAAAAACUUAUCAAAAAAUGUUAUUUCCAAUGUGUGUCCACCCAAACUACUUACAAUAUUAACUCAUACUCAUCUCCAUCUUUCUUUUCAAUGUAAAAAAAUCGGUCGAUUAAACUGGUUAACAAACUUUGUUUUCGAAAGUUUUCUUGGCCAUUUGAAAGCAUUUGUGAAAGGUUCUUCUGGAGCAGGAAAUCAAUUGGCUUUUGCAUUUAUUUCCAAUUUCUUUUCUUUCAAAAAUACAAGGAAAUGA